AUGGAUUUUAAAGACGCAUUCGACUCGGUUGAUUGGUCUGCUUUGCUUGACACGCGUGUCCAUCAAGGAAUGUCCCAGAGUACAAAGUCUCAGCGAGCAUUGCCCGAUAUUAUGACCUUCUCGGUUACAGGGGGCUGGCCUAGCUCGAAGGCCCAGGGAGUAAGGCAUCACUUUAUCACUCCCGCUGCGGAUGCGCGCACCAGGUACCUUUUGAGCAGCAUCAGACACUUUGAUUUCAAAAGUAUUUCGACCGUAUUGAAUAAUGCGCCGGCGGUCACGGUCAACCGUUGGGUGACCGGAACCAUGAAUCCUGAUGCAGCCAUGAAUACUUUUUAUGGCUAUAAGAAUCCGCUCACAGGUCGAUAUGCCAGCAAGGAAAUGAUACAUAAUUUUGGUGAGGCACGUAAGGUUAGUCUGUGGCGCCAAUUGUGGAUUUGGCUCGCUGAAGCACAACAAGAACUCGGAUUUCCGGUGACGGAUGAACAACUCGAAGAAAUGCGCAUGCAUCGAGAUGAGAUCGAUUUCAACCUUGCUGCAGAGGAGGAGAAGACGCGGCGGCAUGAUGUGAUGGCCCACGUUUACACUUUUGCCAUUCUUUGCCCAACGGCUUCACCUAUCAUCCACCUUGAAGACUCCAACCUUUCCCUUUUGUCUCUCUACACAGGUGCAACCUCCUGUUAUGUGGGUGAUAAUGCAGACCUUAUCAUAUUUCGUGACGCUUUGGAAUUUCUGGCCGUCAAAUUAGCUCGUUGUAUUGAUCGACUGGCGAAGCAGGCAUAUUUCAACAAAGACCUUGUUUGUCUUGGUCGAACUCAUCUUCAACCUGCUCAACCCACCACAAUGGGCCGCCGGAUAUGCAUGUGGCUGCAGGAUCUUCUGUUGGAUCUGGAAAACAUUGAGCGUCUCUGUCACCACACCAUUCGCUUUCGCGGUGCCAAAGGAGCUGUUGGUACGCAGGCUUCGUUUCUAGACCUCUUCCAUGGUGACCAAGCUAAGGUAGUGCAACUGGAUCAACUGAUUGCCGCCAAGGCCGGAUUCAAACGUGUCUGGCGUGUAACCGGACAGACAUAUCCCAGAAAAUUGGAUACCGAAAUUGUCAACGUCCUGUCAAGCCUCGGCGCCAGUAUCCACAAAAUAUGUACCGAUAUUCGGUUGCUCGCAAGCUUCAAGGAGCUUGAAGAACCUUUCGAAACCAACCAGAUCGGCUCCAGUGCUAUGCCGUAUAAACGCAAUCCUAUCCGAUCAGAGCGCGCAUGUGCGUUGGCUCGAUAUUUAAUGCAUCUUUCAGCACCUUGCACCACAACAGAAGCCGUUCAGUGGUUAGAACGAUCCCUGGACGAUUCAGCCGUUCGUCGGAUCGUCCUCCCAGAAGCCUGUUUAGCUGCGGAUGCAUGCCUAGUUCUUUUGCAAAACAUAUCUGAAGGGCUUGUAUUCUAUCCACAACGGCCAGACGAAGGCGGCCCUGGAUGCGGCCCGAAGGGGCCCUGGGAUAAUGGACUGAGCCGCCGCAAGAGGAAGCUCUGGCUGCGGAGUUCGGCAUACCGACCGACCGCCAAGAGCCUAUGGGGCAGUUCAAGACGGCCAGGAUGGAACCGGGGUUACCCUUUGGGUUCUUCGUCAGCUUGCAGCAGUCGCUGGUCGGGCCUUGUCGGAAUGGACGGAGUGUCACGCCAGCAAACGCUGUCUCACCAGUUCGUCGAAGGUAUUCAGUCAACGCUUCGUGCUCAGUUGCGGUUGGUGGAAGCAAUUGGCCAGUUGAGUGUGGAGGAGCUGGGGCAUAUAGCACGUGAAUUGGCCAAGGCGCCACUGGCCACAUUGCAGUCGCAGGAGAACAGGGAUGAUUCAACAGUGGACGAGUGGACCAACUCGCCGAACAGCUUGCAGCUAUCAAGACGGAAUCGCGUAGGCACACUCGAACUAGCUGAUGCUACAAGUGUGGCAUGCCGGACCAUUGGAAGAAUCAAUGCCCUCGUACCCGACCACCUGCGCAUAAGAAAAAUUUUGAUUACUCUUUUCCCGGGCCGUUGUCAAAAUAGACGGGAAGAGGGAGCUGUGCCUGAAUCAUACAAGAGCAGGGAUAUCGCUGGGACGGAGAGGGACGAAGCUGAAUGCAAACCUUGCGUGUUAGCCUUGAGAGUGAUUAUUGAAACGAAUCUUCGUGCCGAACUUCCUUUUCUUGCCGUGGAGCAUAUUCUUGUCACUAUGGUCUCUGUCGCCGGAGCGGAUCGUCAGCAAUGUCAUGAACGGAUUCGACAACACAGCCAAGCUGCUGCAGCGGAGGUAAAGUUGAAAGGAAGACCCAACGAUCUGGUUGACAGGCUGAAGGACGAUGAUUAUUUCGCACCUAUUCGUGAUGUCCUUGAGAAAGAACUGCUUGACCCCAAACGCUACAUUGGUCGAGCAGUUGAACAGGUAGAAGAGUUUAUCACUUCGGAAGUGGAUCCGGCACUUCAACAUUAUCAGGGGAAACUCGAGGCUAGCAGCACAGUGCAGGUAUGAGUUGUGUAUCUCCUCAUCCGGCGAACCACACGUCUGGAGCACUCCAAACCCGGCUUUUUCCACGACACUUUACAAACUAGUCAUUCUUUACUCCUAGGCUACUACUAUCUUCAAUUCAGUUUUAACUCGCUUGAUUACAUACUUUUGCACCAGUU